CCGGCCGUGCCGAGGGACCUGCCGGGAGCGUAGGGGCCAUGCCGCCCGGGCCCCGGGCCUGCCCUGCUCCGCGCCGGGAUGGUGAACCUGGCGGCCAUGGUGUGGCGCCGGCUUCUGCGGAAGAGGUGGGUGCUCGCCCUGGUCUUCGGGCUCUCGCUCGUCUACUUCCUCAGCAGCACCUUCAAGCAGGAGGAGAGGGCAGUGAGAGAUCGGAAUCUCCUCCAGGUUCAAGACCAUGACCAGCCCAUCCCGUGGAAAGUACAGUUUAACUUGGGCAACAGCAGCCGGCCGAGCAACCAGUGUCGUAACUCCAUCCAGGGGAAGCACCUCAUCACAGACGAACUGGGGUACGUCUGUGAAAGGAAGGACUUGCUGGUGAAUGGCUGCUGUAACGUCCACGUCCCCACCACCAAGCAGUACUGCUGCGAUGGCUGCCUGCCCAGCGGCUGCUGCGGCGCCUACGAACACUGCGUCUCCUGCUGCCUGCAGCCCAGCAAGCAACUGCUUCUGGAGCGCUUUCUCAACCGGGCAGCUGUGGCGUUCCAGAACCUCUUCAUGGCAGUCGAAGAUCACUUUGAAUUGUGUUUGGCUAAAUGCAGGACCUCGUCCCAGAGCGUGCAGCACGAGAACACCUACAGGGACCCCGUAGCCAAGUACUGCUAUGGGGAGAGCCCUCCGGAACUCUUCCCUGCGUGACCCACGUGACAGACAGAGACUCGCUCCAGCACAGGGAACAGGCCCCGCUGAAGAACUGGCCUCCUGCAACCCGACUCCACACUCAGGCUAGUCCGCCGGAAGAAGACAGGGGUGCCAGGAAACCCAGACUCUGACCACCUUGCCCAUUGAGCUCUUUGGCUUCACUCCCCACCAGGCUGACCAGGUGGAACUCUCCUAUAAAGCAGUGUGGAACUUCCAGCCAGAAGUGGUCAGAGAAGACAGACCUGCCGGCUAAGCUCGGGAUGGUGGCAUGCUUGGAUGGCUCGACCCUGGUGACCUACACGGGGACUGGGACUUGUACCUGUCGAGGGCCAGGUGCUUAACCUCCGGUUUUGAUCCAGGCUCUUUCACCGUAAAAUUAUUUAUUGGAUCUCUCUGGAGUAGUGGGGAGAUUAUAACGUUUCAUGUAGAAAACGUCCUUGCCGUUCUAGUUGAAUAUAUUCAAGAAAACUA